AGUUAACGACCUGGAUAUGAACCGUUUUUUCAUUGGCUUUUACUACCCACGAGCCCUUGCAACUUCCUUUCCGACAUUUCUCGGGCAGAAUGGCGCCUAACAAGAAGGGUGGUGAGAAAAAGAAGGGGCGUUCUGCCAUCAACGAGGUUGUGACCAGGGAGUACACGAUCAACAUCCACAAGCGCAUACAUGGCGUGUCCUUCAAGAGGAGGGCACCUCGCGCUCUUAAGGAGAUCCGGAAGUUCGCCAUGAAGGAGAUGGGAACCCCUGAUGUGCGCAUCGACACUCGCCUGAACAAGGCUGUGUGGACCAAAGGUGUGAGGAAUGUCCCAUACCGUAUGCGUGUGCGCCUGUCUAGGAAACGCAAUGAAGAUGAGGAUUCUCCCAACAAACUGUACACCCUCGUCACAUAUGUCCCUGUUACGACGUACAAAGGUCUGCAGACAGUAAAUGUGGAUGAGAACUAAGUAACUGAUGUUUAAAUAAAUGUACAAAGGAAA